UGUUGUUUUUCUUUCUUUGCGUGUGCGGUCCCAGUCGAACAACAUCCGAUCUGAUCAGCGAAUCAUAUCUGGCCAAUGUCACGAAGGGCCAUUGACAGUGGCUGGCGGAGAAGCAUCCCCGUUUUGUCUGGAAGGACCAAGUAAUCCGUUCCUGCCCUUUAUCUUUCGUGUGUGUCUUAUCGAAUCGUAGGGACCAACAAGUGGACCGUCCUCGCCCCUCGCUGCACGGCUGUACGGUGGACUGUAACCUCAUUCAAAGUACAAGCCACCGAUCCAAGAGCUGUCUGAACGUCGCUGUUCAACUAGUCACUCAUUGUAAGAUUACCCAAGACUGAUGAUGAUAGGAUUGUUUUGGCGUCUAUUCAGACGCCUUCCCUUUGUGGGUUCCAUCGGUAAAAAUGUGGCCCAUUACAGACAGAAAGCAGAAGAUGGAGUUCAAAAAGGAGUGGAGAAUGUGCGACUUUUGUCAUUCCGUGGUGGUCUGGUUGGGCUCCUCACUGCAAUGAUAGUUUGGGUUUCAAUAUUCCUCUAUGUAGCUUUUUACUACGCCUACAUGCCAUCAAUAUCACAUGUCAGACCCAUCCACGUACAAUUUGAGGCAUGCAGGGACGGAAAAGGUCUGUGCAGUUUUCCCACUGCUGAUGUUCGCCUCACUAAAAGGCAUCAGCUACUUAUGGUAGGACAGCCCUACAAAAUAUACGUUCAACUGGAAAUGCCAGAGUCACGUGUGAAUAAAGACCUGGGGAUGUUCAUGGUGUGUGCCAGUUUGAGGGUUCGUAGUGGAGUUGAGGUGGACAAGGCCUGCAGAUCAGCAAUGCUGCACUACCGUAGUCCUCUGCUUGAAACGCUCAUGACCCUCACCAUGUCUCCACUAAUGGUGCUUGGGCAAACUGAAGAAAAGCAAAGUGUGACAGUGGAGCUCUUUUCUGACUUUGAAGAAGAUCAGAAUCAGCCUGUGACUGAUGUGCGAGUUGAAAUUAAAACUCGAUUCGUGGAGCUUUACUCUGCCACUAUAUUUAUCCAUGCCCACUUAACUGGUCUUCGUUACCUAAUGUUUCAUUGGCCAAUCCUAUCGGCCGCUGUUGGAAUAAGCUCAAACUUAUUCUUUAUUCUUUUGAUGUUCUCUCUUUCUUGGUGGCAUCUGAGUAAUUCAGAUGACUCAGAGGGUGAUGAAUCCAAAUACGAUAACCGCCUUUCUAAUGAUCCGGCCAAAGAGAGAAAUGGAUUUGAAUUUAUUGGCGAGCUUGAGGAUAAGGAUAAAGAUGAUGUCCUGGAAGAUAGUAACAUGACUCAGAAUUUAUCCAAGCUUGAGGCAUUCUCUGAACCCCUUGAUCCUCUGGAGCCCUCUAUGUUUGGUAAAAAUAAGACUGAUCUUGAAGUACUUUCAAAGGAUGGUGGAGUACAAGAAGUUCCAAUGUAGAAGUUAGCCACAAUAAGAGUACUGGACCAAAGGAUAAAAUAUUGUAAUGCGAUUUUAGUAUUACCUGAUUGUUGUAUCUAGUCUGAAAUGUUAAAAUUUCUUAUUGGGAAUUUCUGUAAAUAUGUAGGUGUAUAUUUUCUAUGUGAACUAUUUUUUAAUCUUUUAUAAAUGUGAGUGGCACAACUGCUUAACUUUAUCAUUCCGUGUAAUGUAUGGAUAACUCAUGUGAUAUUUGUACUCUCUGUUUUAAAUUUUGAAUAAACCAUUUUAAUUUUGUAAACAUG